GGUUUUUAUUUCCAAACACUCUGGACAUAUUUUAUGCAAUUACAGGAUUGUUUUAGAAUUAGAAAGAAAAGAGAUUACUGUCAGAGGCCAAACACCUCAUUUUUAUAGGGGAAAGAAGGCUGAAGAGUGUGACUUGACCAAGGCCAUGCAGCCAUAGUAGUACUGGAAGCUCCAUGAACAUAGUGACCCUGUUUUAGAUCACUUCUUUAUUCUCAGGGACUAGCAGGUACCUAGCAGAUAGUGAGUGCUCAGUUAAUGUAUGCUGAGUGAAUGAAACAAUAAUAUAAAUAACUAAAAAUACACCUCUUUUAAAUACUUUUUCCACUGCCAUAAUGAUCUCCAAUUUUAAAACAGACUUAAGAUUCUCAAUGAAAAGCUUCAAGGUAGUCUAACAAAUGUUCAGAUAGCAUCGUUUAUCCAUCCAUGUGCUGUUAAUUAUUUAAAAGAGAAUUCUUUAGUUUGUGUUCCAAAUUAUCCACCAUUCUCAGCUACUCUCAACAUUUUUUUUCUGGUCUUUGUACUUGCAAAUUAAGCAGAGGAAGAGAAACUAAACCACAGAUCUUGCUGCCUUGUUCACCCAGUAAGCCUUUUACAAUAGCUGUUAUUUGGUCCCAGCUGUUGUGCUAAAUUUAGGAUUUUGGAUUAUCUGUAACUGUUCUUUCUGUCUCCCAUUACCAAGGUUAAUUAAGUGAUUGUAAAACAUGUAAAACGUCAGUUCACAAAAGAAACUACAUUAUACAGUAUUCAACAAUAUCAAAGUCAAAUCUACUGAGAGUUAACAUUUGUAGCCAUUACAUAGAUUAAGGAACGGUUGCCAUUUGUCAGAAGUGUCAUCUUAAUAAUACCAGAAUAUUUCUUUGAAAAUAAAAGAAAAAAGUUACCUUGCUGUAUGUUUUGCCCUCUUUUGAUUAGAUACAAUCUUAAUGUUAAGGCAGUUGGGAAUGUAAUUUUAUAGUACAUAUCAACAAAUCUAGAAAAUAUUACCAAUUUUUCAUAAUAGAAAUUUCAGGUAUUUAGUGGCUCUGAGGGCCAAAAAAAAAUGCAAUUUCCAAUCUUGUACUUUACAAAACCUUUUCUGAUGUAAAAGUAAUACAUACUGUAAAACCUUGGAAAUCAUAGAAUACAAAGACCACAGUAAAUAACCUUUAGACCUAUCUUAAUACCUUUCUGUUGUGAUUCUUGUAUGCAAAAUUAUUUCUAAAAAAAAAAAAAGCUUUUUCUAAUGAAACCAAGGAGCAUGGCAAAUUUAGUACUUCUUGCCCCUGUUUUGAGCUCACAACCCCUUAUGUACUUUGCCUAUAAACUGAGUAGCUAAUAGCUUUAGUGCUUGUUAGGAUUGCUUUUUAAAAUUACAGCAGAUCCUUGUCAUCUGUUUGUGUUUGAGUGAUGACACAACAUCACAACACGAAAUGCAAUGUCACAUUGUUACAGCACAACAAGAAAAUUACAGCUCCCCAACAAUAACACCGUGUCAAAAGUGUCCUCCUGUCAUGAGUCAGUGUUUUAGAUGUUACAAAAGUUAUUUUUAGCACAGCCAGUGCCCCAGGAGCUUGAGUUCCCAAUCCUACUAAAAUCCCUAGUGAUGUGGGAAAAUGUACGGUGAGGGGGCUUGUUCUUAAACUCCGCAACCCCUGACACGCAUGGCUGCCCCCUCGCCUGUCCCGACCACGUUACAUUAGACCCGGUUCCACCGUGCGCUGCAAUCCACUUGGGACUCUUGAAACGACUCUGCGCCAGCAUCCCGUGUGGAGGAGGAGACUAUAAUUAUCCUUCACGUCUGGGGCAGGCCCUCGGAUGACAUCUCCCCAGUUACCCUGUGCGCUAAUAGAGCAGCUCGGAUUCCUGGUCCCAGACCCGCCGCAGCCGGCUCAGUGCGCAGGCGAGAGCGCACGGCCCGAGCGCCCUGCGCUUCUCCGGCCUUCGGGGCUCCGCGGGCCGCACGCAGCCCACCUUCCCCGCGCUCUGGCAGCCGCCGGGCACCUGCACGGAAACCCAGAUCCCCCCGCUAGCGCCCCGGGGCGCGCGGGGCGUUGCCAUAACAACUAGGCGCCCGCCGCUGAGGCCGCCAGGGAGGAAGUGACGAGCGCAUUUUUGCAAACAGCAGUAGCCAUAGAAUCAGCGGCGAGCCUGUUGAAGGAACCCAUACGUGUAUUUCACAGCACCCUGGGUUGAAAUUGGAUGUGAAAAUGAAGCCAGACCGAGAUACUCUAGAUGAAUAUUUUGAAUACGAUGCAGAGGAGUUCCUGGUCUCUUUGGCCUUGUUAAUAACAGAAGGACGAACCCCUGAAUGUUCUGUAAAAGGUCGCUCCGAAAGUUUCCAUUGCCCUCCAGCACAGUCCUGUUACCCAGUAACCACCAAACAUGAGUGUAGCGACAAGCUGGCCCAGUGUCGCCAAGCCAGACGAACCAGGUCUGAGGUUGCGUUGUUGUGGAAGAACAACCUUCCAAUCAUGGUGGAAGUGAUGCUACUGCCAGACUGCUGCUAUAGCGAUGAUGGGCCCACCACAGAAGGAAUUGAUCUGAAUGACCCUGCAAUUAAGCAAGAUGCAUUAUUGUUAGAAAGAUGGAUAUUGGAACCAGUUCCUCGACAGAGUGGCGAUCGAUUUAUUGAAGAGAAGACUCUUCUAUUGGCUGUCCGCUCUUUUGUGUUUUUUUCUCAAUUAAGUGCUUGGCUGAGUGUUUCUCAUGGUGCUAUUCCACGAAAUAUUCUUUACAGAAUCAGUGCUGCUGACGUAGACCUACAGUGGAAUUUUUCACAGACUCCAAUUGAACAUGUAUUUCCUGUUCCCAAUGUGUCUCACAACGUGGCCUUGAAAGUCAGCGUUCAGUCCUUGCCCAGACAAUCUAAUUACCCAGUUUUGACCUGUAGUAUUCACACGAAUAUUGGCCUUUAUGAGAAAAGAAUUCAAGAACACGAGCUUAAAGCCCAUCAGCACCACACUUCUAAUGAAGCAGAACAAUGUAGUACAAACAGUUCACAGCGUCUGUGUAGCAAACAAACUUGGACCAUGGCACCUGAGAGCGGAUUCCAUGCAAAAAAUGGCACAACCUCAGAAUAUUCUGCAGCUGUCAAAAAUGGCAAACUCUAUCCCGGCACUGGCAAGAAACCUGACUGUGGAACAUGUCAAGCCAAUAUUCUGGGCUUCCGUGGUCCAGGAAAUAAAAAGUCACAUGAAACAUCAGUGAGAACUCUAAAAUCAUUUUCCAUGAUUGAUUCUGGUGUCUCUAGCCACCAGAGUUCCUGGCAGUCAGCUGGUGAGACUAAUCCUUUAAUAGGCUCUUUAAUUCAGGAGCGACAAGAUGUUAUUGCAAGGAUUGCUCAGCAUUUGAUUCAUUGUAAUCCGAACAGUUCACAUGUUUCUGGACAUGCAUUGAAUAUGCAAGAAUCUAGUUCACUUAAUUCAAAACUUUUCCGGGUUUCACAAGAAAAUGAAAAUGUGAGAAAAGGUAAAGAAACUUUCUCCAUUUCUUUUGGGAGUCCCGAGUUUACCUCUUUAGAAGACACCAGUGAUGGGAAAAUUCAAGUAAAACUAGAAACUCUUCAAAGUGAAACUUGCCCUUCCAAUGGUGUUUGUUCUCGUCAGUCUGUUGGUGAGACCAAUCCUUUAAUAGGCUCCUUACUCCAGGAGCGGCAAGAUGUUAUUGCAAGGAUUGCUCAGCAUUUGGAGCAUAUUGAUCCAACGGCAUCACAUGUGCCCCGGCAAUCAUUCAAUGUGCGUGACUCCAGUUCAGUUCCUUCUAAAGUAUUUAGGAGUUCAUAUGAAGACAAAAAUUUGUUGAAGAAAAACAAGAGUGAUGCCUCUGUUUCCAUUUCUAAUACAAAAUUUUCUUUGUUAGAAGAUUUCAGUGAAGGGGAAAACUUAAUACCUACUAAAUCGUUUAGUUCUUUUAAAUGCAAUAGUAAAGUCAGGUCCUCUUUGAAACCUCCAAUAAGAAAACAUCUAUAUCAGGACAAUCCUAGCGAAGUCAUCCAGAGUACAUUUCAAGGGUCAGAGGACAAAGCCACUAGUUUAUUGCCUCCCUCAAAUAUGUCUCAUUGCAAAGAAAAUAACUUAGGUUUGACAAUCAGAUUGGAAAAUACACUUUCUGAGUGUCAAUGUAGGCAGCAAGAAAUUGGCAAUGGAAUUGAUAAACGGUGUUCAAAUUGCGACAGUAUUGACAAACAGAUUUGCACAAAGAAGUAUAAGGAAAAAAUAAUAAAAAAUGAAAACUGUAAUCCGGAAUCUUUCAACAGUCACCAAUUUGAUAAACCAAAAAAAAAUGACUCAAAAAUAAAAGUUACUAUGUUGGAAAUGUCUGGAUAUUUGAACAAACUUGAAAAGAAGUGCUCAAAAAAAGACUCAAUAAGACCUACAAUAUGUAAGCAAAAUCUGCAACUUAAUAGUAUAGAAAAUUAUCUCAAUAAAGAUAAUGAAGGCUUCAAAUGCAAAAACCCAGAUCAAUUAAAAAAUGAACAGGAUAAGAAAGAAGAUCCAACUGAUGAAAAAUCUCAAAAUUGUUCCCCAAGAAAGAGUAUGAAAGACUGCUUGUCUACGUGUGAACGACUGAAAAAUACAGAGGUCUUGCAGAAGACUAUACCACUGAAACAGUCAAGUGUCUGGCGGAAACAUAAUUUUCAUUCCUUGGAUGGAACCUCAACCAGAGCCUUUCAUCCUCGAACUGGAUUGCCUCUUCUUUCAAGUCCUGUCCCUCAAAGAAAGACACAAUCAGGUUGCUUUGAUCUGGAUUCUUCGUUACUGCAUCUGAAAAGCUUAGCAUCCAGAAGUCCUCAGCCAUGUUUAAACAUUGAAGAUGAUCCAGAUAUUCAUGAGAAACCAUUUCUGAGUUCUAGUGCUCCACCUAUAACAAGUCUUAGUCUCCUAGGAAAUUUUGAGGAAUCUGUCUUGAACUAUCGUUUAGAUCCUCUCGGCAUUGUCGAUGGUUUUACUGCCGAGGUAGGGGCAAGUGGCGUUUUCUGCCCCACACAUUUGAUUCUUCCAGUUGAAGUGUCAUUCUACAGUGUUUCAGAUGAUAAUGCUCCCUCUCCUUAUAUGGGUGUCAUUACUUUAGAGUCCCUUGGUAAAAGGGGUUAUCGAGUACCUCCUUCAGGAACAAUACAAGUGACCUUAUUUAACCCUAAUAAGACUGUGGUGAAGAUGUUUGUUGUGAUAUAUGACUUACGAGAUAUGCCAGCCAAUCAUCAGACAUUCCUACGGCAACGAACUUUUUCUGUCCCAGUUAAACAAGAAAUGAAGAGAAGUGUUCAUAAAGAGAACUUCCGGCGUACAGAAGAACGGUUAUUACGCUACCUCAUACAUCUGAGGUUCCAGAGUUCUAAAUCUGGAAAGAUCUACCUCCACAGAGAUGUACGACUCCUGUUCUCUAGAAAGUCAAUGGAAGUUGAUAGCGGUGCUGCGUACGAACUCAAAUCUUACACUGAAUCGCCAACAAACCCUCAGUUUUCACCAAGAUGUUGAUAAGGAGUGGCAUUGUAAAGUAUUCGCUCAGUACCCAAGUUUGAAAGUAAAAAUUAGCAUAGAACAGAGUGUACCAAAUUAACCACCGGGAGAGUGGAUCCUCUCCCGUUAUCCUGGACCAGUCUUUAUUCAAGGAUGCCUGGAAUGAGAUCCACAUAUUCCAGGAGACUGGAAACACUCAUGUCCUAAGCCUUUUUGUACUGUUGAAACCACUUCAUUGGACAUGUUGCAAUAGCAAAACACCCCCCACCCCCGCCCCAAUUAGAUUAGUGUUUACACAUUUUAUUUCUCAGUUAUUUAAUAUUUAAUGUUUUCCUUAAUACUCAAGUGAUGUUUGUCUCUAGUGUUCUAAUGUAGCACAAAUCCUAUGUAAAAUCAUACUAUGUAUUUUUGACAUUAAUUGUUGAAAUCUGAAAUAUAUGCACAAGUCUUUAA